CAACUGCAAGAUGCAGGUGAAAUGCUAUUAUCAAGGCAUAAUGCCAUAAGUAGAUUAUUUGAGAGUAAUAACAGCUUUGACUACUGAUACAACAUGACCUUGCAGUGGACUGCGGUUGCAUCGUUCUUGUAUGUAGAGAUUGGUGUUCUCCUCAUCUUUUGCCUGCCUUUCAUCUCCGCUCAAAGAUGGCAAAGUAUUUUCAAAUGGAGCAUCUGGAACCGUCUUUCCCAGUUCCGGAACAAGGGCUUUCUCACCAUGAUAAUAAUCCUCAUAGUUCUCUUUCUUGAUGCCCUGCGGGAGGUGAGGAAGUACUCGAAUGCUGACCAGAGCAAAGAUUCCAAACUUUACCCCAACGCGUUCGACCACAUGCACAUGAAGCUCUUCCGAGCCCAGAGGAACCUCUACAUCUCUGGUUUCUCGCUCUUCCUGUGGCUUGUCAUGAGGAGAGUCAUCACUCUGAUUAACCAGUUGGCCACAGCCAUCGGCACCAGCACCGCUAUGCAGACUCAGGCUGAAAGCGCCAACAAAGCUGCCAAGAAAUACAUGGAGGACAAUGAGAUGCUUAAACAGGCACUUACAGACGCUAAAGGAGAAGGAGGGAAGACACAAGAUCCAGAAGAGAACAAACUCCUGAAGAAAGAGGUGCAGAGACUGACGGAGGAGCUGAAGAGCAGCACCGAUGCUCUGAAAAAGUCAAAGUCAGAUUUGGACGCCAUGAAGAAACAAACUGAAGGACUGACCAAAGAAUACGACCGUCUCCUUCAAGAGCACCAGGAGCUUCAGAAUCAGCUGGACAGUGGAGACAAAAAAGACAACUAGGCAAGUGGACGCAUUGGAAACCUGUACGUUAAUGCACAACAAUCACGGUCAUGCUCAGUUCCUCUCACAUACACUCACCUGGUAGCAUGACAUGCAAACUGUUAUGAGUUCUUGACAGUCAGUUGAUGACAUCACAUCCUGUCAGGUUUCCUGCUCACCACACAUUUGAAGUAGCGGUUUUCCGGUUUUGAUGUUGAAGCGGUGCAGUGCUGUAUUUUGAGAUUGCUGCAUAAUGUGGCUGUCUGCGAAUAGAGCGACUGAAACCCAACACUCAUUGAUGUUUACAGGAAACUGUAUGUUAUUUAGUCAAAAAGCCAUAGUGACUGAUGUUUGCAUGUUGCAUUGAAAUACCUUGUGUUGCUUUCCUUCUCCUCUGCUA